UUGAUUCACUUCUGAGUGUAAUUUAUGAGUAAUAAUGGCUGCCAACUACAGUAACUCUGUUUAUGAAACUUCUGAUUUGAUUCAUGACUUUGCCUGCUCUCCAUGUAAAGAUGAUGGAUUAAAUAAUGAGGCAGAGUUCUUCUGUGAUGAGUGUAAGAAAUAUUACUGCAACAACUGUGUGAAUCUACACAACAAACUGUUCAGAACACAUACAGUGCUAGGAAGACAAGAUGUGAGCAAGUGGUUGGGGUAUGCAGGACUGAGCCCCAUAGAGAUAUGUGACAAACAUGGUGACAAGAAGCUUGAACUGCUCUGUGAGGACCAUGAUGAGCUUUGUUGCCUCAUUUGUGUCUCUCUCACACACAGAAUGUGUCAGAGUAUCAAACAUAUUCCUGACCUUGUGGAUGGACUGAAGAAACAAACAGACUUCAUAAAACUGCCAGCAGACGUUCAAAAGAUUAACCACAGGCUUCAAGAAAUCACCAAGAAAAGGACCCACAACAAAGAGUCCCUCAAAGUCUCUGGAAAGAAAUUGCUUGCAGAAAUCCAGUCACUGAGGAAUCGAGUAAAUGCCAAACUGGAUGAAUUGGAGAAAAAGACAAAUGACAUCUUACAAGACCAGCUUCAUGAGGCAGAUGAUUUUCUACAGGACGACAUUGACAAAUGCACAAACCUCACAUACAAACUAAAAUCUUACCUAGAACCCAUCCAAUCCCAGCAAGAUGACAACUCUUACAUUGCGUACAAGAAAUGCACGGACAAGAUGAGAGAAGCAGAGAACCUGCUAAAGCAACUGUAUGCCAAGCCUAACAAAUCACUUGUAUUUCAUGAAGACCCCAUGAUUGAACAAUUCCUUUCUGGAUUGAACACACUAGAGACACUUGGGAAAAUCUUUGAUGAGAACUAUGUGUAUAAGGUGAAACACAGAUCACAAUACACAGCUAAAACCCAAAAUGAUAAAAGAGGUAGCGCAAUAACCGGUAUAUUCCUAAAAACCGAUAUACGCAAAAUAACCGGUAUAUGUGAGCUGCCUGGAGGAGAGAUCCUCAUAACGGACUACAACAACCAGAAAGUAAAGCUGCUGGACUCCCAGUACCAGGUGAUAGACACAUAUAACCUCCCUAAUUUACAAAGUCAUAUGUGUCACAUUGCAGGAAAUGAAACUGCUGUAACUCUAGGCUACAAUGGUGUACACUUCAUCACAGUGACAGGUAGUACACUGAGUGUAACAAGGAAGCUAACAUUUCCACAUUAUUGUUAUGGUAUUUCCCACCACAAUGGUAACCUCUAUAUAGGAUCCAGCAAAGCAAUUUACCAGUACACAAUGUCAGGUCAGCUGGUAAAAAAGGUAUAUGAAGACAAUAGUGCUGGAGUCACAGUGGGCAGAUUCACAGUGAGCAGGGAUGGCACCAUCAUCUACAUACCUGCUUCAUUUCACAACAAGCUGAUCACCAUUGACACAAGUGGGAACAUUCUGUCAAUUCUUAAGGACCCGGACUUAAAGAGCCCUACUGCAGUGUGUGUGAGUGAUAGAGGACAUGUGUUUGUCUGCUCUUCAAGAUCCCACAUAGUGACACAGGUGGACAAGGAAGGUAAACACAAAAUUACCACAUUGGUCACAAAGGUGGAUGGACUAUGUUAUCCACAAGCAAUAUGGUUUUCAAGACAAUCAUGCAAACUGAUUGUUGGAAGAGAAGGAGAUAAAAUUUCUGUUUUAGAGUUGGAGUAAAAUGAGAAGUUACGAUGGUAAUACGGGAUAAUAUCAGCUGAUUUUACCGCACAUAGCGCAUAACGAUGGGAAAAAUGGGAUGAAUUUAAAACACCAAAAUUUUUCAAAUUGCAUAAAGUGUAUAAUAAUAAAGAGCACUAUCAGCGGACUUCAAUGCUCAUUUGUUUCCAGCAGACGUGUUUUAUGUGACAAUAUAUUUUACCCAUAGUUUUGGGACUUGCUACAUAUGUUUGAACUUUCAUAGUGAAGAAUUCGAGAAUCAACUGGUUUAAACCUCGAAUUUGCUAAGGCCAGCUACAUGUAUGUCAGAUUGCUGACUUUGAAUGACUGCAUCAUUCCUUUUAAAAGUUGGCACUUUUGCUCCGACUUGAUUCAUUCAUUUGCAGGUGAGGACUGUAUUAGGCCGUAAGAACUUUAUCACUUUUUAUGUAAGUUUUACUUCAUUAUUCAUUCGUUUCACGUUGAUGCUGGCUCUGAUGAGGCUUAUAGUUCUAAUUCUGUAAUUGUUGAAAAUUAUUGGGACAAGUAAGAGACCGUAUGUGACUUUAUAAGAAAUUGACUGUGACUACAUAUGUAAGCAACUGUAUUUGAUGAUUAAAUGAAGUAAUUUUAUGUGACAUUAUAUUAAAGUGACUGUUUGUGAUUUUAUAUGUAAGUGACUGUGUUACUUUAUAUUGAAGUGACAGUAUGUGAUUUUAUGUCGAAGUGCAUGGUGUGACUUUAUAUUUAAGUGACUGUAUGUGACAUUAUCUCCCAGUGACUGUAUGUGACAUUAUGUCUAAGUGAUUGUAUGUGACAUUAUCUCCCAGUGACUGUAUGUGACAUUAUGUCGAAGUGACUGUAUGUGAGUUUAUAUCUAAAUGACCUGUAUGUGAUAUUAUGUCUAAGUAACUGGUUGUGACUUUACAUGUAAGUGACUGUAUGUGACUUUAUAUAUAAGUGACUGUAUGUGACUUUAUAUGUAAGUGACUGUACGUGACUUUAUAUGUAAGUGACUGUAUGUGACUUUAUAUGUAAGCGACUGUAUGUGACUUUAUAUGUAAGUGACUGUAUGUGACUUUAUAUGUAAGUGACUGUAUGUGACUUUAUAUGUAAGCGACUGUACGUGACAUCAUAUGUAAGUGACUGCGUGUGACUUAAUAUAUAAGUGUGAGUGUAUGUAUUGAUAUAAUAAAUUAUAACCAGAGUAA